GACAGACUAUCUGUCUAUCUGAUUGAAAAUGUAUCUUGCUCGACUAUUGAGAAGUAAAGAGAUACUGCGGGUGAAGAUCCCCACAGACAAAACGUCUCGCAGAUCGGCUACGAAGAUGACAGUGCGCGAAGCGUUGAAUAAGGCUCUCGACGAGGAGUUGGCUCGGGACGAAAAAGUAUUUAUAUUAGGAGAGGAGGUCGCGGAAUUCGAUGGUGCUUACAAGAUAACACGUGGACUCUGGAAGAAAUACGGCGACAAGAGACUGAUCGAUACACCAAUCACGGAGGCUGGAUUCUGCGGUAUUGCCAUUGGUGCAGCAUUAUUAGGUCUAAGGCCGAUAUGCGAAUUUAUGACUUUUAAUUUCUCCAUGCAAGCGAUUGAUCGUGUCAUCAAUGGUGCUGCGAAGAAUCUUUACAUGUCCGCCGGAAGAUACUCUGUUCCUAUUCUAUUUCGGGGACCGAACGGUAACGCCAAAGGCUUGGCCGCGCAGCACUCUCAAUGUUUUGCUGCGUGGUUCAUGAGUGCGCCCGGUUUGAAAGUUGUGUCACCGUCGACGUGUGAAGAUUACAGAGGCUGUUUGAAAGCGGCUGUGCGGGAUCCUGAUCCCGUAGUCAUGCUGGAGAGCGAACUGCUUUAUAACAUAGAGUUUCCCGUAUCCGAUCAAGCUAUGGAGAAAGACUACCAGAUACCUAUCGGCAAGGCUAAGGUAGAGAAAUCUGGCAAGCACAUCACUCUAGUAACGCAUGGCCAAGCGUACGUGUAUACGCUUCAAGCGGCCGAGUUACUGGCGGGACAAGGAAUCGAGGCGGAAGUUAUCAAUCUACGAUCGUUGAGACCUUUGGAUUGGGACACGGUAUUCAAGUCAAUCGGGAAAACACACAGAUUAAUGACGGUCGAACUGGGCUGGCCUAGAUGCGGUGUAGGAGCAGAGAUCGUCGCAACAGUGAUGGAAAAUCCAGUCUUUUUUCAGCUGGACGCACCUGCGGUUCGAUGCGCCGGCAUUGACGUUCCGAUGCCUUAUUCGGAGAAGAUCGAGCACGAAUGCACCCCGAAGGAUCAUCAUAUAGCCGACUACGCUAAACAGCCUGAAGGUUUAUACACUCCAUCUUCGUAAGCUGCUGGCAGUCUUCUUAAUAACGGAGUAUCGACUGCACCUAGUUCUGGUUUGCCAACGUUAUU